CCUGUUUACAAACACUAUGGAAGCAGAACAGUGUCAGGUCCAGUCAAGCAGGAAGUCUGAGCAUACUGAAGAACUUCACAUAUUGGGGAGUGAAUGAUGUCAUCCUGUCUCCUCCCACUGUGCAAACUAAGCUUGUGUCAAAGUGUUGCUGCCUCUUGUCACAGAGAGAACGGUUCACUUAAAUGCAGCUGCGGUGCUUCUGUGUGAUACCUGUCAGAGCCAUUCCCAGUGCGAGGUUGGGUUUGUGACCAUGAUGUCAAGAUUUGUCUGUCUUCUUUUCUGUGGAUAUAUUGCACUAAACCUGGGAAAUACUCAGAAAUUGCCCAGAGUGAAAAGGCAGAGUCUGAAGGUUCAGAUCAAUGCAACAGAUGACACGGUUUGCAUGCGGUAUCUUCGACCAAGUCAAAGCACCAAAUUAGAAGGUUUUGUCCUGGGUUAUGGAAGCAACUUAUUUUCUAAUCAGUACAUUCCCUUACCUUCAGAAGGAAAAAACUACGUAACAGAACUUGAUGCAGAGCCACGGUAUUUGGUUUCAGUAAGACCAGCACGUGUUUCAAAUAACAAGAAAUCUUGUUCAGGUCGGAACAAGACUCAAAAGCCUCUGCAGCUGGUGGUUGGCACUCUCACCCCAACCUCUGUGUUUCUCUCUUGGGGCAUCCUCGUCAACCCUCAACAUGACUGGACAGCCACAAGUAACUGCGCUAGCGACAGCAGGUUUUAUACAGUUCGCUACAGAGAAAAAGGUAAAGAUAAGAAGUGGGUUUUUCAGCUCUGCCCAGCUACAGAGACAGUGAUUGAAAAUCUGAAGCCAAACACACCUUAUGAAUUUGGAGUUAAAGACAAUGCAGAGGACAGUAUUUGGAGCAAGACUUUGAAUCAUAAGACAGUUCUUUCUAGUAAAAAAGUAAAUGGACAAAUCCAGAAUAUGUACAAGUUGGUACCCAAUUCCCAAACACAGAUUAUACUGAGUGAUAAUAAGAAGUUGGUCCCUGUCACAAUAAUCAAACAAAUUAUCCAAAAUCGGACACAGUCAAAAGCACCAGAUAGUUCUUCCCUCCCAGGCGCAAUAUUAGUGCACCUUAUUGUUCCAGGUCUCAAUGAAAGUCAGCAGAAACUUCCUCCUCUCCUGACAAUAGAUGACAUACCUCAAGCAUCCAGGAAGAAACUGGCUAAGAAUGAAACUGGAGUAUGGCCUGCUGAAUCCAAAACACCAGAAGUUCAAGAAAUCUCCCCACAGUCCCUUCCAGCUCAGGCUGAGAAAACACAUGGACCUGAAGAUUUUAAAUCAACGCCUAAACCCAAAUUGGUGCAAACUCAGAACAUACCGGCUUCUAACGAAAUACAGCUACUUCCUUCUGGAUCCAGAAUCCCAGAUGCUCCAAAAAGUCCAUUGACAGAACUUGCUACUCAGAGUCCAGCCUUGAAAUCCAUAUCUCUACCUUCUGCAGAAACGAGAGAGAUGGAAAUGGGUUUAGGUGAAAGGAAGCCUCUUUCUUCAAGAUUCACAACAACUGGCAUGCCAGAAAUGCCACCAAUCUCAGCUGCAACCGAGAGACCAGACCUGGAAUCCACCUUGUCUGCUUCACGGGAAACCACCAGGAUGGCUCCUCGAAGACCAAGGCCGAAGUCCACCACUCCUUCCUCCCUGGCAACUCAACAAACUGUGAUGGCUCCUCGAAGACCAAGGCCGAAGUCCACCACUCCUUCCUCCCUGGCAACUCAACAAACUGUGAUGGCUUCACUGGACUCUAAUCAUAUUAGUUUCCUGUCCCAAACUUCUGCAUCUGCAGAAAUAUCAAAAACAGAGACGGCUACAAGUUCAGCUGACCUGGAAAAAUCUAUGCCUCCACUUUCCAGAACACCUCAUGUGCUAAAAACCACUGCGGGUAAUAUUUUUGGUGGUAUUCAGCCUGUUCUUUCGAGUCCUGUGGCACCUAGUAAGCCUGAAAUAACAGAAGCUGGACCAGCAGCAAGAAGUGAACCCAUUCUGGAAUCUUUCACACCUAAAACUUCCCGUCCUUUUCAAUGGCCAAGGGUAACAUUAGCUCCUAAAGAAAUACCACUUAUUCCUUCUAAACCGAAACCAUCUGCUACCCCAGAAGUACAGCGUGUGAAACCUGCCCCUAAACCACCACUUUUGGAGCCUAAAACUUCUCAGACCGUUGAACAACCAAAAGCAACCCUAGCUCCUAAAGAAGCAAAACUCACUACUUCUGCAUCUAAACCUAGACCAUCUGCCAGACCCCAAAAGCCACGAACUAAACCUGCAGCAGCCAUUCCAACAUCAGUCACUGCUAGGAGUCCCUACACAUAUGAAGGUCCAAAGACUGCAGAGGUCUUGGAACCUAUUACACUUAGAACUGAACCACCAAGGUCACCCGUAGCACCAAAGGAGACUCAACGUGUUCCUUCUAAACCUAAAACUUCACCCAAACCUCACAUCCCACAAGCCAAAGAUGUCCUGGAAUCUAUAACACUUAGAACUGAUCAACUCAAACCAACAAUAGUUCCUAGAGAACCACAGCGUGUUCCUUCCAAACCUAGAACAUCACCGAGCCCAGAGGUGCCACGAACAAAACCUGCUUCUAAAGAUACAUAUCACAGGCCCUCCAAACCUAGAACAUCACCCAGUCCACGUGUUCCUCCAACUAGAGCAAGUCCAAAAGAAAGUCGACGAGUCCCUUCCAAGCCCAGGGCAUCACCAAGUCCAGAUGUACCACACAAAAAACCUGCUUUUAAAGAACCACAACAUAUUCCUUUUAAACCUAGAGCAACUCCCAUCCCGGAUGCUCCAUACAGGAAGCCUGAGAUUCUUCCAACCUUUGAUGAACAAGAUACUACUAUGAUUCCUCAUAUUCCUGAAAGAACAAAGGCAACAUUUGCUCCAACCGAAAAACCGUUCAUUCAUACCAAACGCAAAACUACUGAACGACCAAGAGUGCCAUACACCAGACCUGCAAUAUAUCCGACAACUCCACAACCAAUUGUCACAAAAUCUUCUACUACCACUGGUCAUUCAAGGGCAACAAUGGCUCCAAAAGAAACACUGCUCAUUCCUUCCAAAUCCAAAACAUCUGUUGGGCCAGAAGUACCACAAACUAAACCCGUUCCCAAUGAAACAUACCACAUUUCACCCAGGCCCAAAAUUGGUCAAGCAACUGAAAUUCCUUGGUUCAAUACAGCACCUCAUAAAACUCGUCUCACUUCUGCAAGACCAAAGCCAUCGGAUAAAUCACAGACCAGACCUGCUUUUAGUAAAACCACACUAGCACCAGCCAGAACAAAAGCACCUGGACUGCCGAAGUGGAUUGUGCCAACAGCAGAUGGCCUUUAUACACCUGAGGCUCCUGCCAGACCAAUCGACAUGGAUGUGAAAAAACCUCCAGAAUAUGUUGACCCCUGGCAAAAACCAAUUUCUGUGACUACAUCACCUGGCCCUCAGCACCCUCCUAUGCCUCCUGCCAGGCCUACACAAGUGAGAAGAAAACCUCUGCCUCCUAACACCGUGACUGGUAAACCAGGGAUCCCAGCUAAGCCUGCUGGACCAACACCACCUGUGAGGACGGGAACAUUAUAUAAGACACCAACAGCUUUUGCAACUCCAGAGUAUUACGUUGAUGCAACAGUCUUCAGCUCAAGUCCUACAUCAGAAACAGAUUCUUCAGGAAAACCAAGGUACCAAGCCCCCCAUGUCAAGUACAUGAAGAAAGAUGAUGAUGUGCCUUGCUCCAUCACAAGCUCUCUUGAACAUUUUCCUCAAGAAGAAGCUGGCAGCAAGGAAGAGCCCACUCGUCCUCCGCAAAAUCCUCCAACCAACCUCACGGUGGUGACUGUAGAGGGCUGUCCAUCCUUUGUCAUAUUGGAUUGGGAAAAACCAGACAAUGACACUGUUACUGAGUAUGAGGUUGUGUCAACUGAAAAUGGAGGAAGUGAUGGUGAAAAGGAGAAAUCAAUUAUCACUACAAACCAAACCCAUUCUACGGUGGAAAACCUAAAACCUGACACAAGUUAUGAAUUCCACGUGAAACCUAGGAACCCUCUUGGCGAAGGCCCAAGUAGCAAUGUUGUGGCAUUCAGUACCGAGUCAGCGGACCCAAGAGUGAGUGAGCCAAUUUCAAUGGGGAAAGAUGCUAUCUGGACUGAAAUCCCAUUCAAUUCAGACACAUAUUCAGAAUGCAAAGGCAAAAAAUACGUAAAGAGGACUUGGUAUAAGAAGUUUGUAGGUGUGCAGCUGUGCAAUUCUUUGAGAUACAAGAUAUACCUCAGUGAUUCACUUACAGGAAAAUUUUAUAACAUAGGAGACCAGAGGGGCCAUGGAGAAGAUCACUGCCAAUUUGUAGACUCAUUCUUAGAUGGAAGGACAGGACAGCAAGAAGAUCUGCCAGUCAAAGAUGGGUUUUUCAGGGCAGUUCGUCAGGAACCUGUCAAAUUUGGGAAAAUUGGCGGGGAGACUCAGAUUAACUACGUCCGCUGGUACGAGUGUGGCACGUCGAUACCUGGCAAGUGGUAGAUGCCACGUGAAGUGGGUGCAAAGGCCCAGCCCAGGCUGCAGGAAGGCAACGCUUACGGUGCGCCUGGCACUUCGGUGUUGGCUGAGUGCGAGGCUUAGUACGAGUCUGAUGCCAAUACUGCAUUAAUUGUGUAAUAGUGUAGGCCGCUUACUGUAGUUAUCCAGUGUUACAAAUUUGUUUUUAGAAUAAAAAAGAAACACAGGCUAGGGACGUGUUGUAGGAUAAUGUGUAGGGAAGCUGGCUCCCUAUUCUUGAGGUAUGGUUUAUAUGGUAUUUUAAAAGAUGCAGUGUGUAUAUUAUUUAUCACGAUGUUGUAAUAAAUGUUUAAGGCACAGAUAUGCCAGUUGGUCAUGGAAUGCAAUGUGCGCUAGUUUUUAAAUAUUCACUGGUCCUGUAAUGCAAGUGCCAUAAGCUACCCAUCCUAAUCCAUCUGUAACGUCUCACAGUCCUAAAUUAUAGAAAAGAUCCUAUCAUUUUUAAUAUCCUGCAGCCAGUAAACUUGAAGCACUUUCUCCUUACACCUACGGUUUAUGCUCCUGCCAAAACGCCGAGGUAGGUUGCUGUAUGUGCAGCUUUAAAUGAUCGGGUUCAGUGGGUUUUCUUCCACGUUUGUUUUCAAAUGUUUCAGCCCCAGCCAAAGCCAUGUUCUGCCCGUCACUAUGGAGUCAGAGCUGCUGCCCGUGAGCCUGGCGGUGGCCGGCAGGCAGGACUGGUGUUCUCUAAUUGAGGUGGACAGGUACAUAUGUACAUGGAAUGCAAAAACAAGGCUGGCCUCCAUGGCUGGGGUUUUUCAGGAAAAUGUAGUUAGCAGAGCCUGACGCUUACUGGUUCAAAAGCCAAAUGUAUGUACUGUGCAAGGGGACUUGGAAAGACAAAUGAAAUAAGAAAAAGAAUAAACUAGUUAUAACAGCAUGGUCAGGUUUAUUUUAUUUAAAAAGAAAAAUUCUGGUUUAAAACAUUUUUCAUUGGGGACAAAGGGGAAAUACUGAUAACUGAACUUUAAAACUGCUUUAUAGUUAUUUUGAUUAAAACCUCUCCCAAAGCUACUUGUUGUACUGCUUGAACAUUUAUGACCUAAAUAAAGAGAUGUAGGUUUUUUUUAAAGGUGUUAUUCAUUACUUUACUAAUGUAUUGAAGAAAUAUGAACAGGAACACCCAGAGCUAUAUAGUAGUCAUUUACAGAAAAUACCUUAUAAAGUACAUUGCAGGUACACUGUACU